AUGUCGCGCAUCGGACUACGUGUGGCUGCCUCGUUUGCAUUUCCAACACCUGCGUCCGUCGCAUCAGUGCAGCUGACAAAAAAGCAUGCCAGCGGGCUAUUCGGCGUGCGCGCUGGAUUCCGGAGCCAAUCCCCACCGAUUGACCAGUAUCUUCGCAACAUUGGUUCCUCAUCUCAACCUGCCACUGUCUACGCGUACCUCUUAAGGAAGCUUUGGUGGCUUGGUCCUGUAAAGGCAGUGCCGGGUUGUGGUCACGCAGAUGCCAGGCUCGUUGAUAUCAAUCUCGAGAAGAACAAGAUCGCAGAACUUGAUAACGAUCUUACGGACACCCUCGGACUACGCUCCAUACCGCUUUCUUCGUUACUUCUCUCUCAAGUAGCAAAUAUCGACCAAGCCUGCUACGAAAAGGUACACCAUCAGUUGCUCCACACCACGGCCAAGAACGCACCCGCCAUAGUAGGCGCUAUUUCCGAAGAGCUUCAGACCGCAUCAAACCAGCAGCCGAUCGCCCCUCUCAACUUUUCCAAGCCACGGUUCCAUCUCUCAUAUACGUCAGCCACGCUCACUAGUCGUCGCGGCCUUGAAGAACUCGUCUUGAAGGACCUCCCUACGCUUGGCGCUGGUAUUGAACAGCACGACUACACCCUUCUGAAUCACAAAAUCCGAGAGGAUCCUGAUUUUCCCGUUGCACCCUUCUGGCACGAAGAGUAUGCUUCUCAGCGCUCAUGGCGCGAUACCACUCUACAGUUGAGUGAAGACAAAGCCGGCGGCUUCUUCGUCCAUGAAGUCUUUCUCAAAAAGCUGCUCCAUGAGCUCAAUGGCUCAGGUGUGUUUCCGCAUGCAGGAAAGCUUCGAACGCUCAGGACCUCUGCUAUAGUCGAAGCUAAGAAGAUAAUGAAAGCAGAGGCAGAAAUGGCUACCGCAGAGGAGUCAAAGCGUCUGCUACGGUGCAAAAUCGAAUGUCUCGUUCAUCAGGUUGCUGACACCGAAGAGCAUCUCAAAGCCGUACGGCUGAUCAAGCUGGAGACUCUUGAAGCUGGCAAUGUUUUGGAACUCUCAGAUCAUGCGAUUGUCACAUUACUGGCAACUGAGAUGCGGUUAACCAUGGAUGACAAGACCUCAGCGGCAGACGUAGAAACGGACUGCAUUUGCGACAUCAUAAGCGAAUACAGCGACGAUGUCGACGAGAACUACUGGAACAAGCAGUCAGUCCUCGAUGUUGUUUGCAACGAGCGCAAGCGCGAGACCAUCGCUAACUGGAUUUCGUCUAUUCAACUAUCAACAUUCGUGCAUUGUGAGCUCUACAUCGAUGAUCGUAACUACUGCGGGCCUCUGGAACCUACCGACGACACAGAGGAGGAUGUCAUGGAGGAGAUACAACGCUUAACUGAGGAAGAGGGCGUCUACGAGUAUCCCAAAAUUCUCUUCAACCACGAUCAGGACGGCAAUAUCAUCCUACCAUUGGCUGAUGGAUACUCGAUGGAACGAUCCGAAGGAUACUAUACAAAUAUGAGCGGCUUGAGUAGCCUAUCGAGCUCAAAUUCGAGCUCUAGCGCUGAUGAGGAAGAUCAUUAUGCGGCUCUUGGAGAUUCGCCUCCAUCAGCCAGAGUCUCUUUCUCUUCUAAAGGAACGAGCGUUGACGACGGUCCUGUUCCAAAUCCGAAGGAUACGAAAAAUCACAGCACAGAACAGGAAUUGGAUAUUGAACAUGGCGAUUCUAUCACAUCAACAUCAACUGACAACCAGCUCUUGAAAGAUAUCAUUGCUGAUAGUAUAAUCAUCGACAAGAACACCACUCGGCCUUCCAUCAUGCCCGAUAUUCGUAAUACAACAAGCACAUAUCAGGAGAAGCGCGCUGCGAUAGCCCGUGGAGAAGGAAUCAACGCUCGUCGUUUAAAUACGCUACGUAUGGCUUGGGAUAUCCCACACCACUCACAUGGUCCACAACAAGCAGGAUACCGUCCCCAUUUGCACGGCUACCGCCAUAACACGCGUCCAUCUCCAGACUGGGACGCACCAGGUGCGCCGAAGCCUCGAUUUGCGGAGCGUGUCGAGACCAUAGGAAUGCUGGAUCAGUUCAACAAGGAAUAUGAGGCGAAGUGGGUAGACUGGCAUGGCGCUAUGCCGGAGGAGGUGUUGGAUGUGAACGUAUUCGUUCCACCGCGCCGUCCACGACACGAAGAUCUCAUGACAGCUAUCAACGUGGUCUUCGACUGA